CAUGAAUGAAUGCUCAAGUGAUGCUGUGUUGCUAGAUAUGGGUCAGGAAACAAAAGGAGACUAAAAGGAGAAUGAGAUGGGGGGGGUGAUGUAGAGGAAGCACAGAGUGAGCAUGGCACGGGAGUGAGAUACAGAGAUAAAGAGAGAGAGAAAUAGAUCAGCAUCUCUAGGCAGCGGAGAAGUCAACGCCCAGCACUGAUUCCAGAAGCAGCUCAUCACUCUUCCAUCAAUCCUCUGCUUUCCUCUCCCUCAGGUCCUAGAUCCACUGGAGCACUUUUCUCCUGAGGAACAGAGCGAUUUUAUAUAAAAACACACUUAUCGGAAGCAGGAAACUUUGAUUCUCCCUCAUUUGAAUGGAUGAAGUCAGUCUGCUGUCAUCCUUUGAGGAGGAAGCUUCCUCAUUUCCAUUCCGCUCUGAUCCUUGUUCAGGGCGGAUGAUGGAGUGAUGUGUCUCAGGAUAAAGAGAUUUGUGCUGGGGCUGGAUAUCUGAGAGCUGGGUUAGUUCCGACUGAGCUUCGGACACGUGUCUUUUAGCAGACUUGGGAAAGCAAGCUGAAGAGGUCACAUCUGAUCGGCUCACAGGAGUGUGCGUAUGUUUCUGGGACCAUUUGCAAUGGGUUGCACUGCAAGUGUGAUCCUGUUUGAGGGGCUGCGGCGUGUGUUGCACAGGAAUUGUGGAUAUGUUUGUAAACCAGAGCUGGAGGCUGAAGAGCCAGAGGAGGAAGAGGACACACUCAGUCGCAGAGAAUCACUGGCAAUCAUACCACCAGCAGCUGCAUCAUCGUUAAAACCAAAAGUGAUCGAGCCAUUGGACUAUGAGAGUGUACUUGUCCAGAGGAAAACUCAAAUACUAAGUGAUGUCCUCAGAGACAUGCUGCAGUUUCCUAUUGAUGACUUUCAGAUCUCCACUUUGCAGCGUCAGGGCAGAACUCUGUACUCUUCAGUACCAGACGGGGCAGAAAAGAGAGCAAGCAGCCUGCUUGUCCAGGAGUGCAUCAGGACCUACAACUCUGACUGGCAUGUGGUGAACUACAAGUAUGAAGUUUAUUCUGGAGACUUCCGCCAUCUUCCAAAUAAAGUUCCUCGGCCAGAGAAACUAGCUAGUCAUGUAUUUGAGGUGGACGAGGAUGCAGAUAAGGAAGAGGAUGCUGCCUCAUUGGGCUCUCAAAGAGGGGGCGUGUCCAAACACGGCUGGCUGUAUAAAGGAAACAUGAACAGUGCCAUCAGUGUUACAAUGAGGUCUUUUAAGAGAAGGUAUUUCUAUUUGACGCAGCUAGGAGAUGGAUCAUACAACUUAAACUUCUACAAAGAUGAGAAAAUAUCUAAAGAACCCAAGGGAACCAUCUUCUUGGACUCCUGCAUGGGUGUCAUCCAGAACAGUAAGGUGCGUCGUUUCGCAUUUGAGCUGAAGAUGCAGGAUAAAAGCACUUAUCUUCUGGCUGCAGACAACGAAGGAGAGAUGGAUGACUGGAUUAACACCCUCAACAAGAUCCUCCACAGCAGCUUUGAGAUCGCCAUGCAGGAGAGGAGGAACGGAGAACUGCAUGAUGACGAUGAGCUGGGCAAGACAGACAUCUCACCGGGGAAUUUUCAGGACAGUUUCCAGAGUGCAAGAGACAUUGAGUCCAAGAUGAGGAGUGAAACUCGUCUGAAACUCUUCACUCUGGACCCUGACACACAGAGACUCGAUUUGUCUGGCAUUGAACCUGACGUGAAGCAGUUUGAGGAGAAGUUUGGGAAGAGAGUUUUGGUGAGCUGCAAUGAUCUGUCCUUCAACCUUCAGAGCUGUGUAGCAGAGAACGAGGAGGGUCCUACUACUAACGUGGAGCCCUUCUUCGUGGUGCUUUCACUGUUUGACGUGCAGAACAGCCGAAAAAUAUCUGCAGAUUUUCAUGUGGAUCUCAACCACCCACUGGUCCGAUCCAUGAUCCCACCACCCAGCAUGCAGAUAAACGGAGGGGUGGACACACCUCACCAAGAAACGCUGCUUAGUGAACUGCCAGAGGGGAUGCUGCAGUACCCCAAAAAAGGUGUCUUCUCUGUGACGUGUCCUCACCCUGACAUCUUCCUGGUUGCUCGAAUCGAGAAAGUUCUGCAGGGAGGCAUUACUCACUGCGCUGAGCCCUACAUGAAGAGCUCCGACUCUAACAAGGUUGCUCAGAAGGUUUUGAAGAAUGCCAAGAUGGCCUGCAGUAGACUGGGCCAGUACAGGAUGCCUUUCGCAUGGGCAGCCCGGCCUGUGUUUAAAGAUGCCUCAGGGACUUUGGAUAAAAGCACUCGGUUCUCCGCACUGUAUCGGCAAGACAGUAAUAAACUCUCCGAAGAGGAUCUUUUCAAACUGCUGGCGGAUUUUAGGAAACCUGAGAAGAUGGCUAAACUACCCGUCAUCUUGGGUAACCUGGAUGUGACCAUUGAUAAUGUCCCUCCUGAUGUGGCUAAUUGUGUCACUCCAUCCUACAUCCCGGUGAGGCCUUUUGAGAGUAAUGGGCCGAGCACCGGUGUUCUGUUUGAGGUGGAGGAGUUUGUUCCCUGUAUUGCCAAGUGCUCUCAGCCUUUCACCACCUACAACAAUCAUCUCUAUGUCUAUCCCAAACACCUCAAAUAUGACAACCAGAAGUCUUUUGCCAAGGCAAGGAACAUCGCAGUAUGUGUGGAAUUCAGGGAGUCAGAUGAAGAGGAUGCCCAACCUUUGAAGUGUAUCUAUGGUCGUCCAGGAGGUACUCUCUUCACCAAACAUGCCUAUGCAGCAGUACUGCACCACCAGCAGAACCCAGAGUUUUAUGAUGAGAUAAAAAUUGAGUUGCCCACACAACUUAAUGAAAAGCAUCACCUGCUCUUCACUUUUUACCACAUCAGCUGUGACAGCAGCACAAAAAAGCGGGACAUAGUGGAGACCCCAGUGGGCUCUGCCUGGCUUCCUCUGCUUAAAGAUGGUCGUGUUGUUAUGAGUGAGCAACACAUCUCUGUGGCGUCCAACCUACCUAAUGGUUACCUCAGCUGCCAGGAGGGUGUAAGCAAGCACUCUAGUCCUGAGAUAAAGUGGGUGGAUGGAGGACGUCCUCUUUUCAAAGUGUCUACACAUCUGGUCUCUACCAUCUACACUCAGGAUCAGCACCUGCACAAUUUUUUUCAUCAUUUCCAGGGUAUGCAGUCUGGUGCCACCCAUCCAACUGAGGGUGAGCUUGUCAAAUACCUGAAGAGUCUUCAUGCCAUGGAAGGUCAUGUUAUGAUCAAUUUCCUGCCGACUAUUUUAAACCAGCUGGUUCAUGUUCUGACCAGCGCCAGUAAUGAGGAUGUGGCUGUAAACACCACCAGGGUCAUGGUCCACAUUGUUGCUCAGUGCCAUGAAGAGGGUCUAGAACACUACUUGAGGUCUUAUGUGAAGUACGUGUUUAAACCAGAGUCCUAUUCAUCCAAUAACAGUAAGACAGUGCAUGAGGAACUGGCCAAAGCCAUGACAUCCAUUUUAAAGCCUUCAACCGACUUCCUAACCAGCAACAAGCUUCUCAAGUAUUCGUGGUAUUUUUUUGAAGCCCUGGUGAAGUCAAUGGCACAGUACCUGAUGGAAAGUGGCAAGGUCAAGUUGUCCAGGAACCAGCGAUUCACAGCUUCGUUCCACCAUGCUGUGGAGACACUGGUGAACAUGCUGAUGCCACACAUCACCCAGAAGUAUAAGGACAAUCUGGAUGCGGCCCGCAAUGCCAACCAUAGCCUGGCUGUCUUCAUAAAGCGCUGUUUUACCUUUAUGGAUCGAGGAUUUGUCUUCAAGCAGAUAAACAACUACGUCUCCUGUUUUGUACCUGGAGAUCCCAAGACGCUGUAUGAGUUUAAGUUUGAGUUUCUGCGGGUGGUGUGUAAUCAUGAACACUACGUCCCCCUAAAUCUGCCUAUGCCUUUUGGGAAGGGCCGCAUUCAGAGGUUUCAAGAUCUACAGUUGGACUAUUCACUGACGGAUGAUUUCUGCAGGAACCACUUCCUAGUGGGUUUGUUAUUGAGGGAGGUGUGUGGGGCUCUUCGGGAGUUUGGGGAAGUCCGUCAGAUCGCCAUUCAGGUUCUCAAGAGUCUGAUGAUCAAACACACAUUUGAUGAUCGCUAUGCCUCAAAGAGUCAGCAGGCCAGGUUGGCGACACUCUAUCUACCCUUGUUUGGGCUGCUGCAGGAGAACGUUCACAGAUUAAAUGUGAGAGACACAUCUAAUUUUAACACCAACCAGAAUGGGCGAGAUGAACAUCUUGCCAGCAUCUCUACAGUAACAACCCAAAAGCCUGUUGGUAACCUUGACAACAGCCUUCAUAAAGAUGUAUUUGGGGUCAUCUCAGGAACUGCCUCUCCUCACACCUCUACGCCUAACAUUGGCUCUGUGCACCACGCUGACUCUCGAGGUUCUCUGGUCAGCACAGACUCGGGAAACAGCAUCCCUGAGAAGGCCAGCUCUCUCGAUAAGACCCAAUCAGCCUCCGCUCUGGGUAGCUCUAUGCUGCGCUGUGAUAAACUAGACAGAGAAGAAAUCAAAAACCUGCUCAUGUGUUUCCUCCAUGUUUUAAAGAGCAUGUCUGAAGAUGCCUUAUUUACAUACUGGAACAAAGCCACAACCUCUGAGCUGAUGGACUUUUUCACUUUAGUAGAAGUGUGUCUGCAUCAGUUCAGGUAUAUGGGGAAGAGAUUCAUUGCCAGAAGCCAGGAUGGGGUGGGGUUUAUGGCUCUGGACAGGAAGUCGUUGACUCUUCCUGUUUCUCGUAAUAGAGGGGGCGUCAUGCACACACGCUUACACCAGCUGGGCAGCCUGGAGAACGCACACACUUUCAACCACACAUAUUGCCAUGGUGAUGCUGACACGUGUCUCCUGGAGGCUAACGUCUCAACGGAGGUGUGCUUGACUGUGCUGGACACACUCAGUGUUUUCAUUAUGGGCUUUAAGACUCAGCUGUGUGCAGAUCUGGGCCAUAACCCACUGAUGAAGAAGGUUUUCCAGGUGCACCUCUGUUUCCUUCAGAUCCCCCAGUCAGAGACGGCACUGAAACAGGUCUUCACCUCCCUGCGUACCUUCAUUUUCAAGUUUCCCUGUACAUUUUUUGAUGGACGGGCAGAUAUGUGUGCUUGUUUGUGCUAUGAGAUCCUGAAGUGCUGUAAUUCCAAACUGAGCUCCAUACGCAGUGAUGCCGCCCACCUGCUCUAUUUCCUCAUGAAGAGCAACUUUGAGUACAAUGGCAGGAAGUCCUUUGUCCGCACACACCUGCAGGUGGUGAUUGCCGUGAGUCAGCUGAUUGCUGAUGUCAUCGGGAUUGGAGGGACACGGUUCCAGCAGUCACUGUCCAUCAUUAAUAAUUGUGCCAACAGUGAUAAAACUGUAAAGCACACUGCUUUCCCCUCAGAUGUGAAGGACCUGACCAAGCGGAUCCGCACGGUACUGAUGGCCACUGAGCAGAUGAAGGAACAUGAAAAAGACCCAGAGAUGCUGGUGGACCUUCAGUAUAGCCUGGCCAAAUCCUACACCAGCACCCCUGAGCUGCGCAAAACCUGGCUGGAUAGUAUGGCCAAAAUCCAUGUGAAGAAUGGAGAUCUCUCUGAGGCAGCGAUGUGUUACGUGCAUGUGGCAGCACUUGUGGCUGAGUACCUGAAGAGGAAAGGAAUGUUCCGGCAGGGCUGCUCAGCAUUUUGUGUGAUCACACCUAACAUUGAUGAGGAGGCAGCCAUGAUGGAGGAUGUGGGCAUGCAGGACGUUCACUUCAAUGAGGAGGUGCUGAUGGAGUUGUUGGAAGCUUGUGCUGAUGGUUUAUGGAAAGCUGAGCGUUAUGAACUUAUUUCAGAUAUCUACAAACUCAUCAUUCCAAUUUAUGAACAGCGCAGAGACUUUGAGAAACUGGCCCACCUGUAUGACACAUUACAUCGGGCUUACACUAAAGUGCUGGAAGUGAUGCAUUCUGGGAAGAGGCUACUUGGGACCUUCUUCAGAGUGGCAUUUUUCGGCCAGGCUGCGGGUUUCUUUGAAGAUGAGGAUGGAAAGGAAUAUAUCUAUAAAGAACCAAAAUUCACACCUCUCUCAGAGAUUUCCCAGCGUCUCCUCAAACUUUACUCUGACAAAUUUGGCCAAGAGAAUGUCAAAAUGAUCCAGGACUCUGGCAGGGUGAACCCUAAAGAUCUGGAGGCAAAGUUUGCUUACAUCCAGGUGACGCACGUGACACCGUAUCUAGAGGAAAAGGAGCUGGAAGAGAGGAAGACUGACUUUGAGAGAAGCCACAACAUUCGUCGUUUUGUGUUCGAGACGCCGUUCACAGAGUCAGGGAAGAGGCACGGUGGGGUCGAGGAACAGUGUAAACGAAGGACGGUGCUCACCACUACACACUGUUUCCCAUAUGUAAAGAAGCGCAUAGCAGUGAUGUAUCAGCACCACACAGACCUGAGUCCCAUCGAGGUGGCCAUAGACGAGAUGAGCGGGAAGGUGGCGGAACUCAGAGCCCUCUGUGCAACCACUGAAGUUGACAUGAUCCGCCUGCAACUUAAGCUGCAGGGAAGCAUUAGUGUACAGGUCAAUGCUGGGCCACUUGCAUAUGCCAGAGCUUUCCUUGAUGAUGCCUGUGCCAAAAAAUACCCAGAUAACAAAGUCAAACAGCUUAAAGAGGUCUUCAGGCAGUUUGUUGAGGCAUGUGGACAGGCUCUAGCUGUGAAUGAAAGGCUGAUUAAGGAGGACCAACAGGAAUAUCAUGAUGAGAUGAAAGCCAGUUACAAAGACCUGGCCAGAGAGCUUUCACACAUCAUGCAUGAACAGAUCGGAUGGUAAUAAUUCAUACAAUUUAUCAUACAUUAAAAACAAUAAAGUACAGUUCAAGAGUCAGUUUGAUCUGUUCUUUCUCACCCUGCACUCUUCCUUUUCAUCAGAUCUCCACUGUGGAAGGCGGAACCAAGAGCUCUCUUUCUGAUUCGCUGCAUAUUUUCAAUGCCAUCAGUGGCACGCCCAGUGGCACCACCCUGCAUGGCAUGCCUAGCUCCGCCUCCACCGUGUGACUCUCACCCCUGGCCUUAAACCUCUGACCCUGCCCGAGCCAGAGAGACGGACAGACAGACUGAAAGCAUCAAAAGCGAAAGAACAAGGAAAAAAUGGAAAUUCUUUGUCCGACACUCCUGAAUGAAUCGCCCAUCAAUCAGCAUCCAGGACUCUGGGAUAGAGCAGGUGUGUCCGGUCUUUGGAAUGUCCAGAUACUAUUCCCAUGUGACUUAUUUAAUUGAAAGAGGGAACGUUUGUUCUUCUCUAAUCAACUCCAGUCCUCCUUUCACAGGUGUUUCCUGUGGAGACUAUGGCUUUUAUUUAUUUCAUAACCAGAACAACUUGAAAAAUCAGCAUUUUUACUUUCACAUUCCUCAAUUGUAAUGCUUUAUCUUUCCAUAUAUUCCCCAAUUCUGUAUGUUUUUUGCUGCUCUGUGCUGAGAGAGAGGCUGCGACAUCACUUCCUGUGUCUGAGGCAGCUGCCGUCCAUUGAGUAGUAGUGAAGAGAAUAUUGCCUC